AUGCUGGUGAAUCUAUCUAUCUAUCUAUCUAUCUAUCUAUCUAUCUAUCUAUCUAUCUAUCUAUCUUCCGUCCCGCUAUCUAUCUAUCUAUCUAUCUAUCUAUCUAUCUAUCUAUCUAUCCUUUCCUUUCAUUUUUCCCUUUCUUUCUGUCAGUCAAUUCCUAACUCGGCUUUUCCCUCUCUGUUUCCCCUCACUCUCACUCUCUCUCAGUCCCAUUCUCUGUCACAAUCUAUCUAUCUAUCUAUCUAUCUAUCUAUCUAUCUAUCUAUCUAUCUAUCCCACACGAUAGAUAAUCCGUCCAGCUAUCUAUCUAUCUAUCUAUCUAUCUAUCUAUCUAUCUAUCUAUCUAUCUAUCUAUCUAUCCUUUCCUUUCUCCCUUUCUUUCUGUCAUCCCAUUCUCUGUCACAAUCUAUCUAUCUAUCUAUCUAUCUAUCUAUCUAUCUAUCUUACCAACUGUUUUCGUUCUUUCAAAUAUUCUUUCUUUCUUUUGUUGUUUUAAUCUAUCAUAUUCUUCAGAUCUAUCUAUCUAUCUAUCUAUCUAUCUAUCUAUCUAUCUAUCUAUCCUGCAAGAUAGAUAAUCCAUCCCGCUAUCUAUCUAUCUAUCUAUCUAUCUAUCUAUCUAUCUAUCUAUCUAUCCUUUCCUUUCCUUUCUCCCUUUCUUUCUGUCAGUCAAUUCCUAACUCGGCUUUUUACUCUCUAUUUACCCCCAAUCUCUCACUCUCUCAGUGCCAUUAUCUAUCUAUCUAUCUAUCUAUCUAUCUAUCUAUCUAUCUAUCUAUCUAUCUAUCUAUCUCAGGCUGUUUUAUUUUAUUAUUUCCUCUUUUCUUUAUAUAUAAUAUACGUUUUCUUAUUGAUGUCCCUCUCUAA